AUGCCGUCCUACGUUAUUACCGGGGCGUCCAGGGGCAUUGGGUGGGAGUUACUUCGUCAACUCUCCAGCGAUUCAAACAAUACCGUGAUCGGAAUUGUUCGCAACAGGUCUGCGACUCAAGAGAAAGUGAAGGAAGAGUUGCCGGAGCGUACCAAUAUCCAUAUCGUGCAGGCCGACAUUACCGAUUAUACUGCUUUAAAGGCUGCGGCAGCAGAGACUGCAACGAUUACUGGCGGGAGGCUCGAUUAUCUCAUCGCCAACGCUGGGCUGGUAUCCAAAUUUGAUGCCUACGAUCCCAUCGGGGUUCUUGGCCAACAGCCUGAAGCCCUAGAGGAGAACCUUAACACGUGUAUCAAAAUCAACGUAACCAGCAACAUUCACUUGUUCAACUUGUUCACGCCCUUGAUUCUGAAAGGAGAGGUCAAGAAGGUUGUUGCCAUCUCCAGUGGCCAUGCCUCCCUCGAUGCCAUCUCUAUUCUAGGGAUCGAUGUCGCCUCUCUCUAUACCAUCAGUAAGGCGGGCCUGAAUGCUGCUGUGGCCAAGUUCAGCGCGCAGUAUGCCAAGGAUGGCGUCCUUUUCAUGAGCAUUUGUCCCGGAAUGGUUGAUACGGGUCACUUCGCCGACGCAACUGAGGAGCAGCAGAAGGGCUUGGCAGGGAUGCUGGGUGCAUUCGCCCGGUACGCACCCGACUUCCAGGGUCCCAGUCCACCGGAGGCUGCGGUGAAGGAUGUUAUCUCCGUUAUGGAAAAGGCCAGUGUCGAGAGCGGCGAUGGCGGCUCCUUCGUGUCGCACUUUGGUAACCAACAGUGGCUGUAG